UUUUCCCUUCUUUAUUUCUUUCUUUCUUUCCUUUCUCUCUUUGUUUUUCAUUUUCUGGAACUUCUCAUCAAAUCUGAACGAAUAAUUAUUAAACUGCUGGUUUUUUAUAUCGACACAUAAGCAGUUAAAGAAAGAGAGGAGGAAGAAAGAGAUCAUCAAAAUCUGUCCCUUUUUUUCUUCCUUAAGGAUUCACACCUGCCAUUCACACCACCCCCUUCAUAGAAUCUAAGCUUUAUCCUCCUUCUCUCUCUCUUCUUUUCUUCUUUCAUAUUAAAUCUUUUCGAAACCCAAACUUAAUCUUCACGAAAACACCCCUUUUUAAGAUUGAGGUUUUGGUCAUGGAGGGACAUCAUCGUCAUCAUCACCAACAACAACAGCAACCUCAUCAACCACUUCAGCAUCAAACUCAUCAGCUUCAUCUUCAACAACAACAACAACAACAACAGCAGCUUCAGCAGCAGCAGCUACAGCAGCCGCUUCCUAGUACUAUCAGCGUCAACGUGGACGCGAGCGAUAGGUUUCCUCAAUGGAGCAUUCAAGAGACGAAAGAGUUGCUGGUGAUCAGAGCCGAGCUCGACCAGACUUUCAUGGAGACGAAGAGAAACAAGCUUUUGUGGGAAGUGAUUGCCACCAAGAUGAAGGAAAAGGGCCACCAUCGCAGCGCCGAACAGUGCAAGUGCAAGUGGAAAAACCUCGUUACCCGUUACAAGGGAUGUGAGACGAUGGAGCCGGAGGCUAUGAGGCAGCAAUUCCCAUUUUACAAUGAGCUGCAAGCGAUUUUCGCAGCGAGGAUGCAGAGAAUGCUGUGGGCAGAAGAGAGCGGGGCUGCAAGCGGGUCGAAGAAGAAAGCGCUUUCUUCGGAUGAGGAGGAAGAUAAUGAGGACAGCGAGGCAGAGAAUAAGGCAAGCACGGUGAGGAAAAAGAAGAAGAAGGUGAAGAUGAGCAAUAUUGGCAUCGGCAGUACAAGUGGGAGUGGAAGCGGAAAUAAUGUGAGGGAGAUAUUGGAGGAAUUCAUGAAGCAACAGAUGCAAAUGGAGAUGCAAUGGAGGGAGGAGUUUCAAGCGAGGGAGAACGAGAGGCGGUUGAAGGAGAUGGAGUGGAGGCAGACUAUGGAAGCUCUAGAGAACGAGAGGAUAAUGAUGGAGAGGAGGUGGAGAGAGAGAGAAGAGCAAAGGAGGAUGAGAGAGGAGGCUAGGGCUGAGAAGAGGGAUGCUCUUAUCACCGCUUUGCUAAACAAGCUUAGAAGAGAAGACAUGUAGCAAGCAAUGAAGGUGGCUUGAGAGGUUUGUUAGUUCUCAAUUAGCUAGAAACAGUCUUGGUUCUUUGGAAAUGGGUUUGGCGUUCAAUGGAUGUUAUACAUUAUGUUGAUCCAUUUCCUUUCUUGUUUUGCCCACUGAGAGGCUUUUAAUUAAUUUAUUGCUAGUUUAGUGAAGAAAAAAGGGCUACAUCUCUCCAUUAAUCUCUCAUCUCAUUUCCAUUGAUUUAGAAAGAAAAAUCUCUUAAAAUUGCCUAAUCACGUGUUUAGCCAGCUAAGUAGAAUAGGUUACUGUUCUAUUAAAUUUCCAUGUACAAGUCUUGAUGUAAACACAUGCAAGAAGAUCGAAGAUGAGUAGUUGUGAAACACUAAAUACAGGCUUUGAGACUCCAAGCACGCCAAGUUGAAUUUUGAUCCAGGUAAUUCAUUGACAUUUGUAUUCUAGCUAGCAAAAGUUGAUUGAAUACAUGCAUGGUAUACGGUUCUUAAGGUGGUGACAUCAUGACAUGCAUGUACACAAGUGGCUGAAGAAGCUAAAACGCCAUAUGGAUUUUCCCAUAACAUUAACUAGAUCUGACUUUUUCUGCAUUUGAAUUUUGAAGUUGUGUUGAGAGAGAGAGAUAUAUAUAUAUAUAUAUUUUGUUUCCUUCAUCCCAGUUGUUGUCAUAUAUCUAGAAGUAGCAUUUAUGCCUGCAGGUGGGGCAUUGAACUAAGCUGCUGAGGAUGAUUUACGAAGAUUUCACUAUAUAUAUGCAAUGGGACAUAACAUAGCCUUUUUAAGCUGCUUUUUGCUUUAGUGGAGAACUGAAAAAGGGUUUGAAAUGAUAGACGGAUGUGAAAAUACUGUAUUUUUAGACCGUUUAACAUGUUAUGUAUAUAUGUAUUGAUUUGUUGAUAACC